AUGUUGCUAGGACAAAAUCUAGCAAGAAUUUUGAUCAAAACUCAUCACAUGACAUCCGUCAAAAAGAUUGAAAAGAUAACUAAAUCAGCGAAGAAACUAGACUGUGCAGUAUUGUUAAAGACUGGAAGGCCACCUGGAGUGAUGCUUGCUGAGGGAGAAAUUGGGAAUGCAGAACAAUGGUUGGACGUUGUGAAGAAUCUAAGGUAUAAGAACUUCGAAUUAAUGAAGAAAGAAGAAGUAGAUGGGAGGCGAUUAGAUGUGCCUGCUGGAAAGGUUAAGCAAUUGGAAAGCUUAAAGGAUUAUGGGAUAGAGGUUGGGAAGGACGAGGAGUUGAGGAAGUGGUGGAGAUUACACAUGGGCUUUAUGAAAGGAGAAGAUGAGGAAUAA